UCCAUUGAGGAUGUGUGAGAGUAAUUCCACACCAUAUGGGCUGAGAAGCUUGGUGGAGUGUAUGUCCAGGGCAACACUCCUAGCACAUCCUGAUGAUAUCCCAGGAUUUCUAUCAACAUAUACACAGAAAAUGUUACAGUUUAGGGAUGGCAGAUCAAAUGAUACUGCAAACGUUGCUUUUCUGUAUCAAGAGCAGUGGGAGAACAACUUCUUUCAAGAAGAAUGCAAAAAGGCAGAAGUCCUAAAACCAUCUACAGAGGACUUCCUUUCACCAACACCCAGUAUGUCGGGUGAAUCUUCUCACAAUCUAGAAAAAAGUAUGAGUUCAAAUGCUAAAGAAGAACUUCCCUCAAGUAAACCAACACAAGUUCCACCAGAACUGAGAGUAUUAUCAGUCAGCGUUCCCUCUACAACGGAGGCAAAACUAUCUGCAUGGCCACUACUACCACCAGCCCCACAGAGGGCUCCCUUACAAAAGCAACAAGGAAAAAUGUUGACAAAGGAUCGUGACAGUGUGUAUAUGUGUCCCCUGGCUGAUUGUUCAUACCAUAAUAAAAAGGAAGACAGAAAUCCAGUUGAUGGAUUAGGGUCAAUCGGGAUCAGCACAGCUUCUGAAACAGAAAAUAAUCUGGGGCUGCAAAAAGCAAACAUAGAGCCAAGGUCAUUUAAAAAACAUAUUCCUUACAGACCCAAAGGUGGGUAUAUUGUAGACCCGGAACUAAUGCCAAAGAGAGGCAGGGCAGCUGUGAGUGGCAGACAUGCCUCCAAUGUACAGACCGUUGUGUUAGAGAACAAGAUCUGCACAAAUGUCUCACAAAUGCCUCCUAAGACCCCUAUGCACGCUCACCUCCUUAUGAUUCAUUGUGCAUGUAAGAGGAUGCAUGCACCCUGCAGUAAAUGGCAGCUUCAGUCUAGUGGGUGGCAUAACAUCACCUCACAACCUAACAAGGAGAUUCAGCAGGCAAGAAAGGGAAGAAACUCUUCAGCUGUGACUCCACUCCUGGCACCGUACUACUAA